AUGAAUCGGAGAAGGAAUAUUGGAAUAGAAAUGUGAGAAAUCUCAGUGAGGAGGUGUUGUAUUAUCGAUUUCAGAGGAGAAGAACAACAUUACGGAGGAAGUGUUGUGACCAUUAUGAUUUCAAUGAUCUACAUGGCUGUUUUCGCGGUGAGUACCUUCUAAAAUGCCACGUUUCAAAACUUCCUUGCAGUUUUUCAAUUUAUUUGUGGAUGUCUAUAAAAUGCAUUUACAUUUUAGCACCUCCAAGACAAACGCUGACUUUUAUUUUUGGUUGACUAAUGUCAAAACCGUUGUGUACGUACUAAACAAGAAAUGUUACCGAAAUUUGAAAUAAUUUCAGAACGAUAAUCUACUACUUCAUCAGCCCGUUUCAAAUUCUUGCACUUUUCUCCUUGAAUGCUCAUUUCCAGAACACUAUGAUUCGCUUUUUGAAUGGUGGAUCUGGAAUCAACGUGGUUGUUCAGAGACCUCCUGGACAGAAUAAAAAGUAGAAAAUGAGAGGCUUGAAAAGAAACCGAAUGUUUUGAAUUCAGGAUUCAAAUAAAGUACGAUCCAAUUCCGGACAAUCUUACGUGGUCUGCAAAGCUCUACAAGAUGUAUCUGAGAUUUGCGCCUGCCGUUUGGGUUUGGAAGAAAUGUCUCGAUUUUUAUGAUGACCGCUCUCGUGAGUACAGAAUCUGGAGACGGCACAGAGAAGCGGAGCGGUUGGUUCGUCUUGGUCUUCCUCUGGUUAGAUACAGUAAGUUUAGAAAACAUUGAACAAAGCUCAUAAUUCAGUCUGGCCCGCAUGGUCCAAAUUCAUUGUUUUUAAAAUCUAUCUUAUCCAUACGACUUCUGUAGAUCAAAAUAAAAUAGAUCAAAACACAACACUUGUUUGAAAACUGUGAAAACUAUGUCAAAUCUCAACAUUCUUUUCUUGCAGAUGCUGUAAAAAAGACUGUCGACUUGAAAAAAGUCAUUCAAAUUCCACGAAUUGUCAUUCAUCCACCGUCAGAGCAUCGAAUUCCCAUGGUUCAUUACAUUGUGAACGAGGAAGCUGCCGCCGAUCAACUCUUGCAACAGAUGCCCCACAUGCAGGAGACUUUUGUAUGA